UACUAUAAUUAAUGGGUUGUGCAGAGCUGGGAAAACAUGUGUGGCGCUUGAGAUACUCGAGCAAAUGUAUGAAGAUGGAAGGUUUAAGCCUGACCCUCAAUGCUAUAAUCCGAUCAUUGACCGCUUAUGCAAAGAAAGAAGAAUAGAUGAGGCGCUGACCCUAUUUCAAGAUAUGAUCAACAAAGGUGUUGCGCCAAAUGUCAUCAAUUACACUUCAUUAAUUUAUGGAUUAUGCAACAUGGGUCUUUGGACAAGAGCACUUGCUCUGUUUGAAAUAAUGAAAAACAAAGGCAUAAAGCCUAAUGUUUUCACUUUCAAUUCCUUAAUUGGUGCUUCAUGCAAGUCGGGUAAGUGGGAAGAAGCUGUGCUGCUAUUUAGAAACAUGAUUGAUUGUGGCGCCUUCCCUGAUAUUGUUACAUUCAGUUCUGUGUUGGAUGCUUUGUGCAAGGAAGGGAAGACGGCAGAGGCACUUAACCUUGUGGAAGAAAUGUUCCGUAGAGGUGUAAAGCCUAAUGUUGUCACCUACACCUCCUUAAUUAAUAGCCUCUGCCAUUCUGCGCAAUGGAAAGAAGCCACAAGGUUGUUUAAUAGAAUGCUGGAUGAAGGAACUGCACCAAAUGUUGUAACCUUUAACACUGUAAUACAUGCUCUUUGCAAGGAGAGACGGAUCGACGAAGCGCUCUCCGUGUUAGAGCUAAUGUCCCAAAGAGGUAUGAGGCUUAACAAUUUCACUUACAACUCUCUAAUUUAUGGCAUGUGCUGUACAAAUCAAUGGGCUGAAGCCACAAGGUUGUUUGAUGAAAUGGUAGUUCAGGGAGUCUUACCUGAUAUCAUAACUUUGACAAUACUUUUGGAUGCUCUCUUCCAAGGAGGGAUGCCAGAAGAGGCUCAUAAAGUAGUUGAGGCCAAAGUUAAAUAUGGUAUGGAGCUGAGCAAAAUAACUUGCAGUAUGCUAAUUGAUGGUUAUUGUUUUCGUGGCAAAAUGGAUAAGGCAAAGAAGGUCAUUGAUUUAAUGGUGAUAAAACAUCAUGCCCCUGAUAUUGCUUCUUGUUAUAAAGCCUUGGUCAACGGCUAUAUGCAAGCUAAAAGGAUAGGUGAAGCUUUGAGUCUCGUUGAGGAAUUGAACGAACAAGGAGUGAUCCCUGAUGUGGAAACCCUAAAAGCUUUGAGAGGUUUGCGUCCUAAAAGGCAUGUUGUAUCUGCAGAAUAGUUCCCCAUGAGACUGGUGGAACUAGUUACAUUUCUGUUAAAUCUUUAACUGCUAAUCAUGUCAUUGCAUUCUAAACUUGUAUGACCAAGCAAUAUUAGUGAAUGGAAGUGGUUUCAAACAAUUAUAGGAUCCUAACCCUAAGGAAACCAUUGAUUUGGAGAAAUUGGUAGAAAUUCGUUGUAAAUCUGGUAAUCUUGGGUUAGAUGAAGCACACUUCAAAUCCAUAAUUCAAAUGAAACCCAUUCCCCCUAUUUAAGCUAGUAAUCAUUUGUUUUGGGGCACUCUCCAAGAUGAAUCAGGUUUCCGCUGUAGUUUCUAUGUAUAAACAGAUGCUGGGUUGUAUUGGCUUACACCCCGAGGUCAGUACACUGAGUAUUGUUAACAAUUGCUUCUGCCCUAUGAAUCGGGUGGACUUGGGUUUCUCUGUUUUAGCAACUACCCUUAAACAUGGUCUUCAGCCCAAUGCUUAUACUUUGACUGCUUUGCUUCAUGGAGUUUGCAAGUAUGGGUCGAUGUCUGAGGUCAUGCAGUUGUUCCGGAAAAUAUAGAGAAAGGAUUAGCAUGCAGUGAAGUCACUUACGCUCGUAUAAUUAAUUUGUUAUGCCGAGCUGGGAAGACAUGUAUUGCACUUGAGAUACUCGAGCACAUCUAUCAAGAUGGAAGGUUUAAGCCCAACCCUCAAUGCUAUAAUCCAGUCAUUGACAGCUUAUGCAAAGAGAGACGAGUAGACCAGGCUGUGAUCCUAUUUUGAGAUAUGGUCUUUGGAAGCGAGCACUUGCUCUGUUUGAAAUAAUGAAUGAGAAAGGCAUAAUUCCAGAUGUUGUCACUUUUACUUCCUUAAUUUCUGCAGCAUGCAAGUCUGGAAAAUGGGAAGAAGCUGUGCGGCUAUUUAGAAACUUGAUUGAUUCAAUCCGGGGGCAAGCUUAUGAAUCAGUGCCAAGCUUCAAGCAACUGCAAGUUCUUACAUUGUGGUUCUUCUGGGAUUAAUUGUAACAACCCUGUCACUGUUAUGAGGGUGUUUGAGAGCUCUGUUUAUUGCUUGCAGCCUCCAGGGGAUUCACACACUAGAAGAUCAACUUUCGACUCGUUUCUGGCAGGCUGCAUUCCGGUUUUCUUUCAUCCUGCAACUGCGUAUACACAGUAUUUGUGGCAUUUACCGGAGAAUCAUACCAAGAAUUCGGUGUUCAUUCCGGUGAAAGAAGUUGAAGAUUUGAAAGAAGGCAUCAUUGAGAAAACUUUGCUUGGAAUUUCAAUGCAUGAGGAAUUGGCCAUGAGGGAUGAGGUUAUAAGGCUAAUACCAAAUCUGGUAUAUGCAGAUCCCAGGUCAAGAUUAGAGACCGAAGAUGCAUUUGAUUUAGCUGUUUAGGGAAUUCUUGAGAGGAUAGAGAAUGUUAGGGAGGUUAUUAGAGAGAGGAAGGAUCUUGGUAUUGGUUUGCAGAUGAGGAUAAUUUUAAGUUUACAUUUCCUGAGACACCAGAAUAAACUUGGUAGAUUGUGUUUAGAGAACAAAAAGAGAUAGAAGAACAUUGCAGGAUAUUGAAAUUCAUCAAACUAUAAUUAUUUCCAUUUGGUUGUAGAAAUAUUAUAUGAGACAAUGCCAGUUUUUA